UCUCGUCUGGAAAUUGAGUGCGUCUUUUUCCCUCUCCCUUCUCUUUCGGCAGCCGAACAGAACAUAGUCACUCUGGACGCGGUCGUCUCUCGUUUGUUCCUCGCUUUUACCGCCAAAGUGUUCUUUUCUUAAUAACAAAAACCCUAUUUCUAACCAUGGCCAACCAAGAAAAUAAGGAUUUCAGCGACGACGUUAACGAGAGUUACGAUCAGAACGGAGAAUCCGAAAACGGCGGUGGCGGUGAUGCCGCUGAAAAUGGACAAGAAUCCCAGGAAGACAGGAAGUUGUUUGUUGGUGCUCUCAGCUGGGAAACCACAGACAAGGAACUUCGGGAGUAUUUUAGUAAAUAUGGAGACAUUGAAAGCAUUAAUGUCAAGACAGACCCCAACACUGGACGAUCAAGAGGUUUUGCCUUCAUCGUCUUUGCCAAAGCUGAAUCUCUCGACAAGAUCAUGUCAGCAGGUGAUCACUUAAUCAACAACAAGAAGGUUGACCCAAAGAAAGCCAAAGCCCGUCAUGGUAAAAUUUUCGUCGGUGGACUCUCCACCGAAUUGUCUGAUGAUGACAUCAAAACUUUCUUUGGCCAAUUUGGAUCGAUCGUCGAAGUAGAGAUGCCGUUCGAUAAGACAAAGAACCAGAGGAAAGGCUUUUGCUUUAUUACCUUUGAGUCUGAACAAGUUGUCAACAAACUUCUCAAGACUCCCAAACAGACGAUCAACGGCAAGGAGGUCGACGUGAAAAAAGCGACGCCUAAGCUUGAUGGAAUGGGAGGCAUGCGUGGAGGAGGAGCAAUGAUGCGCGGAGCACGAGGAGGUCGCGGCGCCCGUGGAGGUCGUGGAGGAUUCCAGGCUGGUUGGCAGGGUGGAUAUGGUGGCGGCUAUGGCGGUGGUUACGGCCAGGGUGGAUAUGGCGCUGGAUAUGACGGCUACGGAGGAGGAUACGAUUAUUACGGCGGUGGGUACCCGGGCUACGGCGGCUACGACUACAGUGGCUACGACGGAUAUGGAUAUGAAGGUGGCUACGGAGGUGGGCGCGGUGGUGCGCGCGGUAAAGGCGGUGCAGGCUUCGCCGGUAAACAAAGAGGAGGAGGCAGAGGGAAUGCCAGGCACCAGCCCUAUUAAAGGAAAUCAUAAUUCGCGAACUCGGUGCGACUAGCAUUGUGAUCGUUGAAUGUGCCUCAGUAUUCUCAGAAUUUCUUCCAAAAUGGGCAUCCUCCAAUCUUUGGGUUGCGCGUCAUCGGCGGACGAAACAAGGAAUUUUUACGUAAAACAUCUACUGGGCAAUACUCAAUGAUUUCUGGUUUCAACAGUUUUGGGCAUAUCAGUCAAAAUAUAAUCGCCCAGGAUUAUUGAUCACAUGAAGGAGGCAACGAUCAAAUUAAAAAAAAAAAAAACUCAAGUUAAAUAGACGACAUAGCAAAAGGAAAUACAUUCAAGAUCUGAGUAUCUUUCAGCCCAGUUACUUUUUUUUUUUGGACAAACUAAUCUUCACUUGAGCACAAAGACAACUUUUUAUUUUAGAUAAAUGGACUGAUGUCUGCAAUGAAUUGUAAAUUAAUUUUUAGAGUCGCGUAAAUAAUGCUUCCGAAAGAAAUGAAUGUUCCGUAUUGGUGUGUUUGGAUGAAUUGUCUUGUCUCAAAGUACAUUUUUUCUGGGUACGAUAUCUCGGGAUACAAACGUGUAUACGUACGCGAUUUCAUUAGAAAUAAGCCUAGGUAUUUAUUGCAAUUAUUAUAAUUUUUAGAAUUAAUUACUAUGCCAAAAUGAAUAAAAGAUUGAACGUGACUCCA